AUGGCUCCCUCACCGCAAGAAUCUUCAGAGGUGCAGCGUGGGGAACCGGUUCCUCGAGGAUUGAAUGGUGAAGAGUUGGUGAUUAGUGGCAUGUCAGGCUUGUUCCCAAAGUCUGACAGCGUCUUGGAGUUCAAGGAGAACCUUUAUAAUAAUGUGGACAUGGUAACCAGCAAAGACAUUCGUUGGGAUAUCGACCACCCAGAGAUUCCGAGAUUCCAAUUUUACUCUAGAAGAAGUAACGAAUACAUACGAAACACACUCACAAACUUUACUUAUAUUUUACCAGGCAUCAACCCGGUAGAACUUCGUGGAAAGAAGAUUGGUGUAUUCAUAGGAGCUGCCUUCUCCGAAUCAGAGAAGCUUGUCGUCUACGAAUCUAUUCAGCGCAACGGAUUCGGUAUUACUGGAUGCAACAAAGCCAUGUACGCCAACCGUAUUUCCUACUGGCUGGACAGCAAAGGACCUUCAUAUGCUCUGGAUGUGGCCUGUUCGAGUUCCAUGGCGUGUCUUGAACAUGCUUACAAGAGUAUUACUAGCGGCGUCUGUGAGGCAGCCAUCGUUGGGGGAUGUAACUUGUGCAUGCAUCCUAAUGUGGCUUUGAAUAUGAGGAGAUAUGGAUUCCUCUGCUUGGACGGCAAGACGAAGUGCUUCGAUAAUCACGGAGAUGGCUACGUUAGAUCCGAUGCCAUCAGCGUCUUAUUCUUACAGAAAGCUAAGGACGCUAAGAGGAUUUACGCUGAAGUGUACCAUGCUAAAUCCAACUACAGCACUACUAUGGCAGAACAAUUCUUAACAACUCGGAAGCCGGAGGAAAUUCAACAGUUUCUUGAAGAUUUCUACAAGGAUACUGGCGUUUCACCCCGUGAUGUAGAAUAUAUUGAAGCUAGCGCUACGGGAGUCGCUAACGCAGAUGCAGCAGAACUAGAAGCGAUCGGUAAAGUGUUCGCCAAAGAUAAAAUCAUUCAAGUUGGAAGCGUCAAAUCUAAUAUGGGACAUAGUGAACCGGCUUCGGGAGCGUGCUCGUUGACAAAGGUCUGUCUCGCCUACCAGUCUGGUCAAAUUCCUGCAAACUUGCACUACAAAGACCCUCAGGAUAAAAUUCCUUCGGUUCGUGAAGGAAGGCUACAAGUGGUCACUGAGAACAUGCCAUUUGGAAGAGGCUUUACUGCACUGAACUCUUUAUCUUACAGUGGAACCAAUAUUCAUGUCCUUAUGAAAGGACAUUAUAAACCUAAGGACCUGGAACGUUAUCGUAGCAGUAUACCUCAUAUAAUCCUAACAUCUGGGAGACAAGAUGAUUGUGUGAAGACCAUGAUUGACCAGCUAACCAAGCUGCCAGUAGACCCUGAACAGAUUGGCCUGUUACAUGAUAUUCACGAGAAGGCUGUAGCUGGUCAUACUUGCAGAGGAUAUACUAUACUUGAAACAAAUGACAAAAAUGAAACAGUAUGUAUUGCAAAAGAAGUGGAGUACGUAGACGGGACAGUACAACCUGUAUGGUUUGUAUACAGCGGCAUGGGUUCACAAUGGGCCACCAUGGGAGCAGAGUUGAUGCGUAUUCCAAUAUUUGCAGCGGCUAUUGAAAAAUGUCGCCGAGCACUAGAGCCCAAAGGCAUAGACAUCGUGGAUAUUCUAACCAAUCCAGACAAGUCUAUCUACGACAAUAUUCUACAUUCGUUUGUCGGUAUCGCUGCCGUACAAAUUGGUCUGACUGACAUACUCCGCGAACUGGGAAUUGUUCCGGAUAAUAUUAUUGGGCACAGUGUUGGUGAACUAGGUUGCGCGUACGCUGAUGGUUGCUUCACAGCUGAGGAGAUGAUACUGUCAGCUUACAGUCGCGGUCUUGUCUCUCUGCAGACUGCAUUCAUCAGAGGGUCUAUGGCUGCCGUUGGAUUGGGAUACAAAGCUGUAAAAGCACUGUGCCCACCAGAAAUUGAAGUAGCUUGUCACAACAGCUCUGACUCCUCAACGAUAUCAGGUCCAGCUGAAAUAAUGAAGACUUUUGUAGCUGACCUCACAUCACGUGGUAUCUUUGCUAAAGAAGUACCCUGCUCCAAUAUCGCUUACCAUUCAAGAUAUAUUAAAGAUGCUGGACCUGGUCUUCUGAAGUAUUUGCGUGAGGUAAUUAAAAACCCAAAGAAACGCAGCAGCAAAUGGGUUUCCACAUCUGUACCACAGAACCAAUGGAACGAGCCAGCAGCUCAAUAUUCUUCGGCUGAAUACCACACCAAUAAUUUAUUGAAUUCAGUGCUUUUCGAAGAGGCAUCGAAGCUUAUAUCAGAAAAUGCUAUAAUGAUUGAAAUAGCUCCGCACGGUCUUCUGCAAGCCAUUCUGAAGCGUUCUUUGGACAAAUGUAAUCAUGUACCACUAACCAGACGCGGUAACCCCAAUCCUGUGAAGUUUUUGUUGGAAGCUGUUGGAAAAUUAUACUUUUUGGGCCUCACACCAAAAGUCAAGUCACUCUAUCCAAGAGUAGAAUAUCCUGUAGCCACAGAAACUCCACUACUAUCCCAUUUAGUGAAGUGGGAACACAGCGAAAAAUGGCCCCUAGCGAGAUAUAAUGCAAAGAAUAGGAUUACUGCAGCUAGCAGAGACUUUGUCUUAUCUAUCUAUGAUGACGACUACAAAUUCUUUAAAUAUUACAAAAGGGAUGGUGCCUAUGUGUUCCCCGAAGCAGCAUUGUUGACGGUUGUUUGGGAAACUUUUGCAAUGUACAAAGGCGUCGACUACAGAACCAUGUCGAUUGAAUUCACAGACGUGCAUUUCAAUGAGGAAGUUGAAAUAAAGGCCGACGAACCUCUCAAGCUCGGUGUUAUGAUUUAUAAAGGAAAACAAUAUUUUGAAAUAACCCAUAACCUAUCAACAGUAGCUACAGGCUACAUAAAUGAACUGGAUCUUAAAAACGUGAAAGCACGCGAACUAGAAAAAAUAACAGAUGACAAGAGCCCUCUUCUUAAUACUGAAGAUAUAUACCAAACCCUUUGCAUGAGAGGAUAUUUAUAUGAGGAUAUGUUCCAAACAAUCCAUUCGAUAGCAUCGAAUUUAUCAACAGCAAAUAUCAAAUACACAGAAGAAUGGAUUCUACUUAUCGACUCCCUUAUACAAUUCAAUGUGCUACAAAGAGACCACAAUGGAAUAUCAAAAUUAAAUCGUAUUAACAAACUCACUAUCAACCUUGAUAAUCAUUGGAAAGCCAAUAAUAAGAAUGUACAUAGUGAUAAAUAUUUAGUAGCCGAGUACUAUGAUGUAUACAAAAGAACAAGAUGUGGUGGAAUAGAAAUUGAAGGUGCUGCUUAUGUUGAUAAACCAGUCGUCGACACUGAUCCUGACAUCAUUCAAACUAAAUGUUUUGUACCUCAUAUUCUCCAAGGCAAAAUUGACCUCAAAUCAGCUCUUCACGUGAACAUGCAAAUUGUGGCUGAAAAUACUGUACAAAAUGAAAUAAGAAUGUCUCAACUGUUUUCAAUGGAUUAUCCAGAAAUAUCUGAUGUUCUCAAGGAAGUAACAGAUGAAAUUCCUGAUAAAGAAUUUAUCCUUACUGGAUCAAAUAAAGAUAAAGAAGAGGCUCCUGCUGUUUUUGUAGUCGACAAUUUGUUAGAAGACGAUCAUAAAAUGGAAACAAUGUCAAGACUAGUACCGAAAUCCGCGUUCAUUUUGUCAGUUGAAAAUGCAUCUGCCAGGAUCUAUCCAAAAUAUAAAUUAUUUAACGUUAUAGCAACAAUGAGUACCAAAACUUAUACAUUAGUUUUAGUAAACACAGUCAACACCGGUGAUAGUGAGAAUAUUACCUAUAUACCAAUAAGCACUGAUGACAAGUUUACUUGGGUUUCAAGAGUUCGUUCAGACAUAGAAAAGACAAGAAAAGUCGUCUUAGUAUCAGACAGGCAACCUUAUUCAGGUACCUUAAGUAUGGUCAAGAAUCUUCGAGAAGAUUAUGGCGAUAAAAUAGGAUUGAUAUUAGUCGACGAUGAUGAUGUGACCAACUCUAACACAGACUCUGACAUUUUCAAACAUCAAAUGCAAAAGAAUUUAGCCAUUAAUGUUCUGAAGAAGGGACUAUGGGGAGGCUACUACAGCAUACCGGCUUCUAAAAAUGCCAAUUUAAGCAACAUUUCUUUAGUCAGUACAGUGCCUGGAGAUCUUGAUUCUUUGAAAUGGGUUGAAGUACCUGAAAAAGUUGUGAGCAAUACAACAGUUCAUGUGUCGUAUGUCGGAAUUUCAAAUGAAGAUGCAGAAAACGCAAUUGGAACUUCUCUAGAUGUUACCAAAGGCUUUGGAAAAGAGUUUAGCGGCAUCAAUAUUAAUGGUGAAAGAGUCAUGGGAGUAGUUCCCGAAGGAGCAAUGGGUAGUGUAGUUCAGGCUGAUCCAUCACUGUUGUGGCCAGUUCCUGAGCAUUGGACCUUAGAAGACGCCGCUACUGUGCCACUGGCUUAUCUUAACGCUUAUUACUGUACGAACUUAAUCCUUAAUGUGAAAAGCACGGUGAGAGAAGUAUCAGUGUUUAUAAAUAGAGCAACAGAACCUUUUGGUCAGGCGAUGAUAUCUUUAAUUCUGCAUUUGGGAUACCCAAUAUACGCUAGUGUUGAAAAUGCAAAGAAAAAAGAGAUGUUACUCAAAAUGUUCCCACAACUUAUUGAGAAAAACAUUAAUUGUGACCCAACGGAUUCUCACGGUACGGUCAUCAGGAAUUCGAAGUCGCAAUGCAGUAUUGUUAUCAAUUGUGCCAGUGGAGAGGUGCGAGAUUCGGCCAUGAAAUGUGUGGCGAUAGAAGGAUACGUAUUUGACCUUAGUGAAGACGAUAUGAAAAAUAAUGUUGACUUCGGUUUGUCCUACUUGUUGGAUGCAAGGCAUUAUAAAUCCCUUCGGCCAGCGAGUUUAUUCAAACCUGAAUAUGCUGACGAAAAGAAGAAACUCCAAUAUCAGAUUGCUGAAGGUAUCACAAAAGGUAUUGUAAGACCUUUGCAUCGAGUGGUGUAUUCUCCAAAAGACGUGUCCAGGGCUUUUAGACUCCAAUCACUGAAGCUGUUCAGUGGCAACGUGUUGAUAAAUAUGACAGAUGUCCAAGUUUCUGAUGAAGUGCUAAACGUCACUCCCAGGUUCAAGUAUUCUGCCGAAGGGACGUACAUAGUUGUAUGUGGCGAUACUAAGUUUGGUAUCGAAGUGGCUGACCGACUAGUGAAACGUGGUGUUAGAAAACUAUUGUUACACGUAAAUCCUAAUUCUUUGACUGGGUAUUUGCAUAUUAAAUUGACGUCCUGGAAAAACCUCAAUGUAUCAGUGAAAAUUUCGUCUGAAAAUUUAACAUCUGACAAGGAAUGUAUCAAUUUAAUCAAAAGAGGAACAAAAAUGGCUCCUGUGUUCGGCAUUUUUGUUGUUCAAAAUUAUAGUACGGAGACCAAAGAACUAACAUUGGAACCAGAAAAUAUGUUACAGAAAUUUAAUAACGACGUUCAAGUUGUUGCCAGCUUAGACGUGUCUUCUAGGAAGCUUUGUAAUAAUUUGAAGCAUUUCGUAGUCCUGAACAAUUCUUCUACUAGUGCAAGCGAUGCAUAUGCAGUAGAAGCGAUGGAGAAAAUAUGCGAAGCUCGUAAUGACGCGCGCUUACCCGCUCUCGCGUUCCGCAGUCACGCAGUCACUGAGUUCGAUAAUAAUGUAAACAAUGAAACGAAAACACGACCACAGAAACUGUCAACAGUUAUGAACGGUUUGGAAACUAGUUUGAAACUGAAUUACACGAAUGUCGUGACAUUUGAUUUGAAGAAACAAAACAAUUAUGAUUUCCUCGAAAAAGUCGCCAAAAUUAUUGGAGUGCAGCAUAUUGAUGAUAUUGACGAAAACUUGACCUUGGAAAGGCUGAACGUCAAUGAUAUUGGCUUACAAGAAAUAAAGCAACUUCUACAUAAAGUUUAUGAUAUGAUUAUAUCUACUGAGAAACUAUCACAACUCGAUAUUGCCAGCUUGAAAAACUUUACUAUUGUGAAGAGACAUAAUACAAAGUUCGAUGCUGGUCUCGGAGCAUUUUACACAUAUACUGAUGAAGACGAGUGCAAGGCUACGGAACCCAUGGUGUUAAUGCCGACUAAACUAAGCAAUGGUUCUGAGGAAGAACAAGAACUGGAUCCAAACGAAACGUACCUGAUUUUGGUGCCAGGGUUUGAAGGUCACCACCAAAUCUUUUCUCGAGUUUCUGAAAGAUUGAAAGUGCAAGCUAUGGCAUUCCAGCUUGGUCCUGACAUGGCUGAUGACAAUAUUCAGAAAAUGGCUGGCAAUAUUCUAAAGUUCAUGAAGAAGAGGUUCAAGCUGAAAUCUAACUUCUACCUACUCGGAUACUCUUUCGGCGUUAAUGUUGCUCUAGAGUUAGCUGCACUACUUGAGAAAGAAGGUCGCGUGGGAACCGUGUAUUGCUUGGACAGCAGCCCAGAUGCAUUAAGAGAACAACUCGACGCUUACAUCGGCCAUUCAACUGAUACUGAGCUGCAGAAUAGCAUUGCGGAACACAUGUACCGGCUGAUGACUGGAACAGACAGCGAAGAACUGAAGAAGGAUUUAGAGGAAACCGAGACUUGGGCAGAGAAGAUUAAGGCAUGUGUUAGGAGACUGAGAGGGCUGGCUAGCUAUUCGAACCAGUACAAGACGUCCAUUCUUCAAGCAGCGUAUAGAAGGAUCAUUGAAGCAAGACAGGAUGAACCAAACUUGAAGCUGCAGUCAGAAUUAAUUCUGAUAAAAGGAAUACCACAUCCAAAGGCUAAGCCACUCCCAGAAGACUACAACCUAUCGAAAUAUACCACGAAGCCAGUGAAAGUGUUCCAAAUAGAAUCUGAUCAUGCAUCAGCGCCCUACGAUUGCAGAGUAUCCAAUAUUGUGAAUAAGUUCUUAGCUCCUGACCUACUUUCCGAGUUCGAGAAAGAAGUUCUUUGUGAUACGUACCUGGUGGAAUCAUUUAAAAUGAUGUAGUUUAUUUAUUUUGUUUUGUACUGGU